AUGGAUUAAUAACAAAAUUGGGAUGAAGUACAACAAAAGGAAAUGUUAUUAAAAACAGAAAUACUUGAUAAAGGAUAUGAUCCUGAAAGAUUUAUCAACUAUAUGGAACUCUAAAAAGAGAACGGUACACUCCAAAAAUAAAUUUACGAUUAGGUGGAUAAGACAUCGACAUGUGGACAUAUCAAGAACUAAUUUUAGCAAUCACUUAAUUUUAAUAGUUAAGUUAACCAUAAUUAGAUCAAUAGUUUCAAGCUUUUGUUUCUGAUAGAAAAUCAGAUAUUGAGGACAAAAAGUUAUCAUAUGUAGACUAGCAUCAAGAAAAUUAAAAUUCAACAUUUGUAAAUCAAUAAAAAGAGCAAGAACCAUUACCAAAUAAAGACAUGAAUAUUAAGUCAGAUUAAUCGUAAAUUCAUUUAUGCAAAGUCUAGGAUAAAAAAUUAAUCUUGCAAUCCAAUGAAAUAAACGUUUACAUCACGAAAUAUUAGAGAAUACCAGGAGGCAUUUUCACAUCAUCGUAUUAUUCAUAUACUGUUCAAACAGAUCCAUUAGGAUGGACUGUUUCAAGGAGAUAUAGCGAUUUCUUAUGGUUGAGAGACUUGUUGUGCAAAAUUUAUCCUGGAAAAAGUGUAUAUUUUAAGAGUAAAUUAGAUUGCUCCUGUCCCAAAAAAGUCAGUUCUUAAAAAUGAAAAUGAAAUGUAUAUUAAAAAAAGAAUGAAAUACUUGGAAGUAACAUAUCAUAAACAUUUAGAAAUUCCUAAAAUCAAUAUUUAAAUGUGAAUUAUUAAGGCAUGAUAAAUGGUUUUUUGCAUUUCUAUCAUCAAAAGAUGAAAAAGACUUUAAGUAAAUCUAAAAAUUGAGUACCUAAGUCUAAAAAGUCACUAAAUUGGAAUAGAUUAUUUCAAUGGAUGGUAAGGUUUCAUUAGAAAUUAAUGAAAACAUAAAUGCCUAUAAUAUUGAAGCUACAUAACUUGUCAAUUCAGUUGAUUUAUGCUAUAGAAAAUUAAGAAAGUCCUCCAAAUAAUUAUUGCUUGAUUUUGAUCAGUUAUCAAAUACUAUUUUUAAUAUGGGAUCAACUUGUGCUGAGCUUUAUUAAAUAUCAAAUAAGUUUAAUUAAUCAAUUCCCUUAGGUAAAAUAUCAAAAUUAGAUAUAUUAUAUAUAUCAAUGAAUAAUAUGCUAGUCUAGUGGGGCGAUAAUCUGACAGCCCAAAUCAAAAUAGUGUAGGAAGAACUGUGCUAUUUCUUUAAAUUUCAUCAUCAUUCAAUUUUAAUAUUAAAAGAGGUAAUCAUCCCUCAUAUCUAAGUUUAUGAAACAAAAAGAGUAAGCUUAAUAUGAAUAUGAAAGAUUUAAAUGUCGAUUGGAACAAAAGAAAAAUAAACUAUUUACAACGCAAGACUUCAGCAGAUGGGAAAUUCCAGCUAUUUAACUUAAAGCCUUAUAAGAUAGCAAUUUAACAUAAAAUAAAGAAAUAAGCUUUUAAAUCAUGCUACCAUAAGAAACUGAGGUUUAAGAAGACUUAAAAAAAUUUUUAACCUAUUAUAAUAACUAAUAAAAUGUAGAGGUGUCGAAACUUCUUGAAAACACAGUUUCUGAAUUUUCAGAACAUUUUAAAACAUUUUGUAGUCUUCAAAAAGAGUAAUUAGCAGAAGUAAACCUAUAUCAUAUAUUAAUUAGCAAAAGUUAACAUGGGAUCAAAGCAUAUUAAACUUAACAAAUUUGCAAUUUCCUAAAGAACUAAUUAAAAAAUCUACUUGA